CCCAGACAUAUUUCGUGACCAGACGUUGACUGUUUGGCUCAUCCUUCACCGGAGUCGAAAUGCUUUCUACUGCAUAUUGCUGACAAACACUGGGGCUAAUGAAAUAAUUAUUGCACCGGCGAAUAUGAACUUUUUGAUGUGAGGACCGCUUCACUUCUUCCGUGUUGGGAUUCAGCAUGGCGCAGGAGGAGGACGCACACAGCCUGGAGGCGAAAUUUGUUGCUGCAGUUAAAGUGAUCCGGAGUUUGCCUGAAGAAGGUCCUUUCCAGCCAUCGGAUGACAUGCUGCUGAUGUUCUAUAGUUACUACAAGCAGGCCACCUUGGGGCCCUGCAACAUCCCAAGACCUAACGGCUUCUGGGACACGAGUGGAAAAGCUAAAUGGGAUGCAUGGAGCUCUUUGGGAAAUAGGACAAAGCAGGAAGCUAUGAAGAAUUAUGUCGAGGACAUCCAGCUGAUUUUGGAGACCAUCCCAAUCUCGGAUGAGGUGUCCGAUUUGGUAGAGAAGCUGGGCAACUUCUACACAGAAGUCGACAGAGAAGGAGGAGGAGAAGAAGAAGAAGAUAAUGAGGUGGACCGGAGACCCUUCACCCGGCCUUUUGGAAACCCUGCAGAUGAAAUGGUCGAACAAUUUUACAAACCGACAAUGGAAGGCUAUGGGGAUCUGUGGGAUGAAAUACAAAAUCUCGGAGAAAUUGACAGCAGUGCUCACUGCACGAGUCUCUUAAGUGGCGAGGAGGCAGAGGAAAGCAAUGCAAAUAGUGAAAUCGAGAGAAACGAGGAAAGUAGUGAUUGGAGGAACAGUGAGGAAGAGGAGAAUGGGGAUGAAGAAGACAAUACAGACAAUGAAGACAAGGAGGAGGAAGAAGUCUCAGACAGGAGGCCUGACCCGAGGCUGCUAAUGGUGGACAAGAGGUGGAGGUCUGACACUACGGGGUCCAGCAGCAGCAUGGAGCCCAGCAUGUCCUCCUUCACCAACGGGACACACAGCUCCCUCAACAGCGAGGUGGAGGAGGAGGAGCUGGCCUGUUGCAUGGAGCCUAGUGUCCAGUAUAACUCUUAUAUGCACUUUAAUGGACACCUGAGUGGUCAUACUGAUGCUUUUCCUGAGAAGAACCAUCGCUCCACAGACUCCGAUAAUGAGGAAUUCUGUGACUCAAUGGAACAUCUGGCCAUGGAAGAGGUGUGGCGUCCCUCCUCCAUAUGUGCACCACAUCAAAGGAUUCGUUUUUACAUUGAGGGGCUGUCUACGUCAAGAAUACUGUCAGCUGGAUCAGGAGCUUCUUCAGUGAGGCAAAGGGAUCUUUGGUUUGAGAGCAACACUACCCUUAAGGGAGGAGAGGAUCAAGUACUCAUGGGAGAUUCCUACCUUAAAGAAGGGAUUAGUGCAAGCCAGCACAACAGCUCCUUGUCAAGAAGAGGGAGAGGUUCGCAGUCGCCGAGGGCUCCCCGCACCUCUCAUCGGUGUGCCAGUGUCAAUACCGCCUGCUGUUGUGUGUCACAGAGCAGACAUUCAAUCAGCUCUGUCAGAGGAAACGUCAAUGAGCAAAUAGCUGCAGCUCUGCUGCGCCUGCAGCAUGACAUGGCCACGGUGUUGCAGAGGCUGCACGCUCUGGAGGCACUUACGGUGUCACAGUCUAGAUCAUCUUCGCCAUGGCAAGAGGACUCCCCAACUGUAGCACAAAAGUUCCUGAGACCAUCUUGGUGGCCUUUUGCCUUUUCUCCACUCACUGCGCUGUUGACUGCACUCUGGCCUCUGAUUGCCCAUUGUCUCGUCCAGCUUUAUUUACAACGGAGGAGAAGGAAAAUCCUCUGAAUUAUGUCAACCAUCGGCAUCAAUCAAAGAACAUGAAGAUGGAAUUGUUGCACUUUUGUCGCUUUGUGGCUUUCUCAAGCCCCUUCACAGACGGAGUAUAAUGAGGCUCCAGUAGAAAUGUAGAGGCUACAUUAGAUAAAUGAAGAGUCAGAAAGGUGUGCAAGACGUUGCAAUAUAGUGUAGCAUUUUGACUUCAUGAAUACUUUUUAUGUGUUUUAAGAAAAGGAAGAUUUGUGUAUUAUAUUUUCUUUGUUACAGAAAGCUUAGCAUUAGAUGGUGGUCUUAUUUAUGGCAUACCAGGAACUCAAUAUACACAUAACUCACACCAAUAAGUCAACUAUUUAUUGAAAUGAAUUCAGGAUUAUACAGUAGCUGUUGACCUUAAGCGAUUCCCCAUUGUCAUUGCCAGUUGUUUUAUUUAUUGUACAUUUCAUUGUUUAUUUAGGUUUCUUUCAUGUUUUGUCAAACUUGUUUUUCUCAUUACUAAAAACUUUUAUAUUGUUAGAAUUAUAAAAAUCAUUGAGGUUAAUUUAUUUUUAGACCAAAUAGAGAUGGUGACCAAUAUUGUAUGUACAUGUAAAAGUAUAUUUAUUGUAUGGCUUCAGUGCAAUAGUAUAAAAGAGUGCACCUUUGUUUAAAGUGAAAAACGGAGAAAAGACAAUCCAUACAUGCAUUCCAGUUUCUUGUCAGUUGUACAGUGACAAUUAAGAUUUCUCUGAAGAAGUGUGGUGCUUUCAAUAAAGUUUUUCAUAAAGUUAAGUAGGUAACGCAUAUUUUGACAUGCAAUAAACACAUUAUUUGGACAAA